AUGAUAGUUUUACUGAUAAAUUUAUUUUAUUUAGAUGUAUCUCAUUCAAAUGGAGUAUUUUAUAGAGGAAUAGCCACACAUGAAACCUAUGUAAAUACAACCGGCUGGUGUUCAAUUACAAUCUAUUGUCAACUAGUUUUUGUCAAUGACAACAGUCCAUCGUUUGUAUUCAAUGAAGCCGGUAAUGCAGUUGGUCUCAUUCCAACAGGAUACGAACCUAUCUUUAAUGAUGGAUCUAGGUAUCUGAUGAAACUCUUCUUUGAUUUUAAAUACUUUCCAACAGCUGAUGGAAUCCAAACUAUAAUCAUCACAGAUCUGAAGAAUUCAUCAAACUAUCAAUCAGUAACUUUUUAUCCACUAUGUGUUUCCGGUAAGAGAACCAACUUAAAUUUACAUUUACCAAAAACAUUAUUGGUAAAACCGAGUAUGCCUAGGUUCGAUGUUAUAUCAUCGAGUGGCUAUUCAUUCUUUACAUUACAACAAAUAAAAGAGGGUUUCCAACGUGAUCCAAGACAAGCACAACUACAAUUAAAAUGUUCAAUUCCCGGAAAUGACGUACCCAUAGAUUGUAAAUCACAACUCUACAAUCCAUACACUGGUCUUUACAAGUUAACAUUUACAAUCAAUUCGAAUCUAUCAUCAAAUAGCUAUUUCAAUCCAUUCAACAUUGAUUUACAGAUACUUAUUAACGGUAAUUCAUUACUUAGCAAUUAUUUAAUCCAACCUUUUAUACAAAAUCCUAGUAAUACUUUAACCUUUAGUCAAUUUAAAUAUUUCCCAACUAAUCAUAGUAGUCCAAUGGGUCAAAUUGUAUUUUCAAGUUUUGUUGCAAAUAAUCUGAUGCAGGACAGAGGUUUGAUUGGCAUAAACUAUUAUCCAAACUCAUUGGAUCAAUUAACACCGUUGGCAACCAACUCUGUUCCAUUGAUCGGUAACCUCGACACUGCUCUCUUUUUUUCGAAAUCACAAUUUUCCAAAUCCAACUAUUUCAUCUACCAUACCUAUAUUAAUUCAAACGGUGAUUUGAAUGCUCAAUUAUUAUCAAAUGAAUCAUAUAUCGAUUAUGAUGUAUCAUACCUUUUAGAUCCAAUUAAAGUUACUAUCUCAACUAGUUCUAUUUCCUCAUCAUUGGCGUCCACAAGUAUUGUAAUGAACUCUGUGAAAGAUCAAACUUUCCAUUUAGGUUUCAAUGGUUUUGCAUAUGUUCCACCUAUUCCAACCGUUCCCUUUGGUGUUUCCGGUGGAUUGUAUUCAAAUGCAAGCUAUUCAGUUAAUUAUUACCUCUCACCUUUUGUUGGAGCCAAAAAUAUCAAUUCUAGUUUGUACUAUGAACAAAAUCCAAGUCAAACUAAAAUUACUCAAUUCCAAACAAAUCAACCUGGUAAUGAUAUAUUACCACCUAUUAUUACAAAUUUUAGUUAUAUUAGAAUUUCAUCAUAUUCUUAUAUGGUUCAAAUCAGUUUCAAAGAUGCUGAUAGUGGAUUCUAUAGAGCUGUUGUAUCAUCAGACUGUAUUCUAGAGAGAUCCGAUUUGACUAUGGGUAGCUUAUACAAUGGUAUGGUUGAAAAGAUUUGCUAUUUCUUUUCUUUGACACCACAGUCUAUUUCGAUCUCUGAUUUAGUUGGAAACACCAGAAGUUUCAAUGUCUAUUCUGCCUACUAUUUUGAUGAUGUCACCGAGUGGAAUCCACCAUUACAAAUUGCAGACAUUCCAUCUCCAAUUAAUAUUACCAUCAAUGAAAUCACCCAAUUCCAAUUCCUACGUAAUCAAGUCGAUACUACCAGUGGACCAGUGAAUAAUACUCUUAUAUUCAAUAUUACCAAUGCCAAUUUCAAUUUGAAACCAAGAUUCACUUUGAUCUUUGAUGGUAGUGACUAUAAUCAGGUGUCGCUGGAUAAUACUUUUGAAGGUGAAUGGGACUAUGAUCAAGACUUGUAUGUUAUCAACUUUGUCAUUCCAUCACGACUCUUUACAUCUUCCAUCCAAUAUGCAAUUCUCUCCAACUAUGGACCAAUCACAAGUCAGCAUAUCUCUAGCAAGUUUGGUGUAGAGUCACUUUUAAAUGUUACCUCUACCAAUGCCGAUAUGAUGCCACCCUUGAUCACCAAAAUAGUUCCAGCGGAAAUUCAAAAUUCAAUACAAUGGUUAAUAACUAUCAGUGAUACAUUGAAUGGAUUUGCAAGUGGAUAUAUAAAUUACACAAGUGAUUUGUAUGCUGUUCCUAUUAGAAUUCCACUGACACCAUCUCCCAACAGCGGUGUGUAUCUUGCUACCAUUAGCAUAUCUACAUCCUCUUGUAUUACACAAACCUAUCAAAUAUCUGGAAUAUCAUUGGUGGAUAACAAUGGAUAUGAAUCAUCAACCAACAAUCCAAAUAAAUAUGAUCCACUGAUGUUGGUUAGAGAUAACACUAAUAAUUGUGUUCUUUUCAAACAAUUCCAAUGCUCUACCGUUCCAGAGAGAAUUCCACCGGUCAUCAAUUCACUCACUGUACCAUCAAGUGGAAUCGAUGUAACCAGUACAGAUCGUACAGUUCAAAUUUCUUUUUCUACAAAAGAUCUUGACUCUGGAAUAUCUAGCAAUACCCCAACUGUCUAUGUCUCGGCGAUGAAUGGACACGUCUUUAGCUUCCCUUCCACCGAAACAUCGAGAUCCAACAAGAUUGUCUAUUAUACCGCCAAUUUGAACAUACCAUAUGGCUUUGGAAAUGGAAUGAAAUCGUUGUAUCUCUCAAUCUAUGGUAUCAUGGAUAAUCAUUUCAAUUUAGCUGGUUACUCUAGUUCCGAUUUGGCACAAUUGACAUUCACCGCGACGAUACCAAUCAUCGAGCCAAAGUUUUAUCCCUACAUAGAAACAGUUUCUCUCUUCCAUUCUUAUGGAGAGGACUUGACAGUCACUGGAAAGAACUUUGGUGGUGACAACUUUUAUGCAAUCAUUACAACGAAUGAACAUAGUACACCACUAAACACUACACUCACAUCCAAAGUUGAGAGUGGUUUACUUUCAAUAUUUACAUUGCCACCACUGAAUAAUCAAUUCCAAAUUCAAUUAUUCAAUCCAAAUCCAUCAAAUAUUAAGAUAAUAAUACCAUAUAAUCCUGCAAAACCAAAUACAACAUGUACAACUUCAAAUUGUAUAUAUGGUACUUGUAUAUUUAAUACUUGUCAAUGCUUUACAAACUAUACUGGAUCAGAUUGCUCAUUUUUCAAUGGUAAUUCAACCAGACCAGAUGGAAAUUCAACUAAUCCAUCGACCAAUCCAUCUACUGCAACAACUAAAUCACUUAUUUCACUUUAUUCAAUUCGUGAGCUCGAUGACAUUGGAACAAUAGUCGAAGAAUACUUUAUUGAAAAGUGGAAUUUUACCAACUCUACAACCGUUGAUGAAAAUAACUUUUUAUAUUCUGGUAAUUUGACAACCGGUACAAUAGUAAAUGUUACUAUUCAAUAUUUCUUGAAAGAUAAAACUAUUUAUUUUGCUGGUCAAAAAAUUGAACUACUUGCUGGAUCAACUAAACUGUCAGUUGUUAUGGAUGGUUAUCCAUUUAAACAAAGAACAAAUUCACUUCAAGUAUUAAUUUCAGCACAAUUUACAAACAAUGGUAGUAAUUGCAAUCCAACCAAUAUGAUUUCUGGAGAUGAAAAUCUUAGUCAAAUCAAAUUGAUUUUAGAUGACAAGGUGUUGUAUGGAGAAUUCAAUCCAACUGGAAUCAUCGAUGGCAGAGUAAUAAAAGUUAAAAAUGAUAUAAUAAGUAACUCGACAUCUGAUAAUUCAGUUGGUACUUUAAUUGGUACAACGAUUCCAUACUACAGAAACUCAAUUACAUUGGAUCCAAAUUGGUCAAUUCUACUAGAUCCAACUAAAGGAAACAGCCAAUGCUCAAGUGGAAAUGGACUUACAAAUAUUCAAAAGGCUGGAAUCAUCAUUGCUUCGGUUGGACUUACAUUUGUUGUCGGUGCCUCUAAAGAGGCAACAAAAAUUGAGAAAGUUGGAAAUGGCCAAGAGAGUCAGCUUAUCUUCUUUAUAAAUAAAUCAGAUUUUCAACUAAAUAAGUAA